AUGGAGCUGGGCAGCUGCUUCAAGACCUACGAGGAUUUCAGGAAGUGCUUCCGCCUCUACAAAAAGGAGAACAGUUGCUCCUUCAUUCUCAGGGACCGCGUCUCCGUCCGCUGCCACAACCUCAACCACGGCACCUCCGUCCGCGAGGACAUCCUAUAUGUGCAGGUGAAAUUUGUCUGUAGUCGGACCCAGUCAAGUAGGAAGAAAACAACAGACGCGGACAUGUGCCCAGCAUACUUGCUGCUGCAGUACAAUGAGAAGCUAGAUAGACUGUUUAUCAGUGAACUCAACACCCAGCACAUACAUGUUGACUCCAAAACUGCGGGUCCCGAAGGAGACACUGCUGAAUCUCAAAAGGCAGUGCAUCUGCAGAAACCUGAGCCUGAGCAGCCCACAUUUAAAAAAGACCUUACCAGGGCUGACAAGCCCCUGGUUGAACCUUCAUUUUACUUAGGUAAGAUCCAAGCAGCCUCAAAGCCAGAGCAGGAGGGUAUCACUCCUUCUGACCUGGCCACGAUCGCAAAAGUGAUGAAGAACUUCCUUAAGGUGGAUGAGGGUUCCAUGGCCUCCCUCAGUGUAGGCAACAGCCAAGACCUGGACCGGCUCAGCUUUCAGAGCAGCAAGAUGAGCAAACUGUUCGUCCGCUUCCCGGAGAACCUCUUGCUGCACCGGGUGGAGAAUGCCCAGGGCCACAUCCUCUACGCUUUCUUGGUGGAAAACAAGGAGCGAGAGAGUCGGGUGGUACACUUUGCUGUACUCGGGGCCGAGACAGCCACGUCUGUGGCCAAGAUGCUGGGUAUCUUCACAGAGUUCAACUCCGAUUGGCCCAGGGUCAAGGUGAUCUUUGUGGACCCGUCUUACCCUUACCGAGCCAUCCUGCAGGAAAUCUUCCCUGCGGCCCGCAUUCUCCUCUCCAUCUACCACACAACCCGGCUCUUAGAGAAGAAGUUGCAUCGUAGUUCAGCAAGGUCAUCCUUUAAAAGCCGCAUGAAGGAAGCCCUGCGGGAGGCUGUGUUUGUCACCUCUGAUGCCAGCCUGCAGAACCUCUGUCAGAUGUCCCAAAACCUACUGGAUGAGGAGCUCUUCGGCUUCCUGCAGGCCCACUGGUUCUCCUGUGAACUGCUGUGGUACAUGCACGUCAGGAAGGGCCUGCAUGCGUGUAGCACCUACAUGGACAGCCUGGACAUCGUCAGCAGCAAGGUGUCAAGUCUCUUCAGGAAGCAGCAGUCCCUGCUGGACUGCAUCCUCCACUUUGUGGAUUACAUCGACUUCUUUAAUACCAAAGGUGUGAAAAACUUGCCCACAGCUCCUCCCACGUUAAAGAAAGCCCGGCCGGCAAGCAUGUUGCCGAAGUCCAAGAAGCCUUUUGGAAUCCGUGGCGGGAGCCUCGCCAGGCUCCCCAUGAAAGAGACAAAGCCAUACCCACUGCAGGUGCAGUUGGAGCAGCAGCCCUUCCGAGGUGGCAUGCUAGACACCUUGCACCAGAGUGGCUUCGAACUGGCCUACAAGCUGUGCUACAAUGAAUGGGAGGUGGUACAGAACUCGACCCACCUGAUGGACGUGGCUGGCUCCUCAGUGGACAUUAAGCUGCUGGAGGACUCUCACCAGGUUAGCAAAGACGGCUGUAGGUGCAGCUGUUUCUUUCAGCAACGGUACCACCUGCCGUGCCGACACGUUUUGGCCCUGCUCCACAACAACCAGAAGCCAGUGGGUGAAACCAUGGUUUGCCGCCGGUGGCAAAAGAGGUACCAGCACCUCCUUGGGCCUAGCGGGGAGUUCCGGGACCCUGCUGUGGUCCCAAACCCAGGCCAGCCUGGGAAGCAAGGAAGGAAGGACAUGAUCCGGGACCUGAGCAGGGAACUAACAAACCUGCUAAUGCAGAGUGAGGGGCCAGAGCUGGAGGAGCGCAUUUCCGCCCUGCGCAGCAUUGUGGACAUCUGGGCUGAUCCUUACCAGCCAUCUGCGCCCACCCAGCAGCCAGCGGACUUCAAGGAUGUGGGCCGCCUCCCUUUUCUCUGGGGAAAACAGGAGGAAGGGGAGGGAUUCCUUGCUGGAGCCACGAUAGGUGAUUAA